AUGUCAUGCCCACCUAUGAAUGGGCAACUUAGUCAGGGGUUCUCCAUUAACAACACCCAUGGCUCUCAGGACCCUCCAUCAUUGAAAUCACAGAGGGCCGCAAAGAAGAAAAACGUGUCCAGGAGAGGAACUGCAUUCACCAAAGAGGAGGACUUGGUGGUGUGUUCGGCAUUUCUGAAUAUUAGCAAAGACCCUAUUACUGGUGUGAAUCAGACUUCAGGUGGUUAUUACAAGAGGAUACAUGAUUAUUUCAAUGAGCAUAAGCCUGAAGGGUCUAACCGUAGCGAGAUUGCAAUUCAGCAUAGGUGGGCAUUGAUUCAGAAAGUGAUGAACAAGUUUUGUGGGCACAAAGAAGCUAUUGAUAGGCCGAAUGAGAGCAGAAAAAAUGAGCAGGAUCGGAUUGAUGAUGUUGUACAAAUGUAUGAGAUGACAGAACCUUUUACCAUCAUGCAUUGCUGGAAAAAACUUCGCAAUGAGGCCAAAUGGAACAAGUUUCUUGAGCGAAACAACUCUACAUCACCGGAUGGAAUGUCAUCUCCUCCAACUCAAGGCCAUACUGUGGCUGGUCAUGCAGAAUCUAGGAAUGAUAAUAUAGACACAUCACGUCCCGAGGGUAGGGAUAGUGCGAAGAGGCAUAGAUCAAAGAACUUUACAGAGACAUCAUCAUCUAGUACGGCUGUUGAAGUCCUCCAGCGGUUGUAG